CGAAGAUAUGGCGUGAUUUUAUGCUACUCAAGUGCCUGCUUAGAUAGCUGCACCUGUCAUCGUUCCAGACGCUGCUUCACACAGUGACUCGCUCACCAGGCCGUUCUUCCAAAAAGUGGUUCCUGCAGCCUUUGCACCCAAGAAAUGCCAUCAGCGAAAUGGGAUCUGCGAACGACUUCACGGAAUAGUGGGUGUUCUUGGAACCACGCAGGUGAAGGGGUUUUUCAACGGCGCGGACAGUUUGGAAAUCCAGUGUACGACUUCUAUCGAGAUUGGGAGGCAUACAAAAAUGGUUUCGGGGACCCAGCGAAAGAAUUCUGGCUAGGAAAUCAGCUGAUCCACAUCAUGACAUCUAACAAGGCAACGUCACUCCGUAUCGUACUCACGAAUCGCACGGGAGAGACUCUCACAGCGUACUACGCUCUCUUCAAAAUUGCUGGUGAAGAUGAGCAGUACGAGCUCACAGUCAGCGGGUACACGGGAGACACAGGUUAUGAUGCAUUCAGUGGGGAAAACGGAGCCAGCUUCAGCACGUUUGACAGGGACAACGACAUGGACCCUGACAGCAACUGUGCCGUUACAUACAGGGGGGCCUGGUGGUACAAGCGCUGUCACCUGGCAAACCUAAAUGGCCUCAAUCUCAACGGGGCCCACACGAGCUACGCCGACGGCAUCGAAUGGUCAAUCAGAGACGGCAUAGAAGACCUCUAUCAUUAUUCCUACCCGCAGGUAGAAAUGAAGAUGAGAGAUGCGAGCUUUGGAACUUUUGCUGCUAGAACUGCAUGAACAUAAAAAAAAAGACACCUCACUGUAUCGGCAUGCGCUUCAUUACUUUUUUAUGAAUAAAUUCUAGAUAACUCAG